UCAAAAUUGGUUGACCAAUGGUUUUACUUUGAUCAUUUGAAUGAUUCCCUCGUUUUUUGUUUGUGUUUUGAUUAUAAAAAUUUUGAUUCUCACGUUUGAUUGAAUUAAUCAAUUUAGUUAAUUGUCACUUGUUUUCAUACUGUGCGUGUAAACGUUGAAAGCUCCUCCUUUUUAAUUUAAAAAGAAUCACAAUCUGAGCCUUAACAAUUUGCCUACACAAACAGAUAGAAACACUCACACCUUGUUUUUCCCCUUUGGCUUAAAAUGUGUUCACUUCGCAAUCAAUUUAAUUCCAUUGGAAUCAUUUGGUUUACUUAUCGUUUCUAUUUGAUUAACUUUUAGUGACAAUUUGUGUGCUCCAUGGUGAUGGUGGUUUAAUUAAUCUUCAAUUUAUAUAAACAUCUAUUUGGUACUAUAGAAAUCAUCUUAAGGUUUUUUUUUUCUCUUGGAAAAAAAAGAGAGGGGGGAUGUGAAAGAAAACGAAAACAACAUAAGAAGACAACAUUGGAAACUCAUUAACUAAUUAUCUGGUUUAUUCUAUUUCAAUUUCAACUUAUAUUCAUCAUCAUCAUCUUCAUCAUCAUAUACUUAUCAUAAUCAUUAUUCAUCAUCUAAAGUCAUUCUUUAAUCAUGUGUUACCUUUAAAAAUUGAUUCUUUUUUUGCUUCUUAUCUUUAACCCUUAUGAUUUAAAAUAUUAUAUUUAUAUAAAUAUAUAAAUUGUUUUUCUAUAUAAAAUUAAGCAUUAUGGGUAAUUGGAGUUCCUGUUGUCUUCCUGGUAAUAAAAAUUUGGACGAUGGUGAUGGUGAACGUACUCGUAUUCUAAAUGAUCCAACUGGUGAUGGUCGAUUUGUUGGUGAAGAGACUUGUUACACUGGAGAUGGUGUUGCCAUUAAUUCAAAACAAUCAACCGAUUAUGGGACAAUCAAUAAUGGUGGAAGUAAAAAUAACGAGCAAAGUAAUGCCUGGCAUCGAAUAUUGAAUAAAAUGUUGGCCAAUGUGAUUGAUGUUUCAGCUGAUGUUCCACCAGUUGAACAAAAUGAAUACACUGAAAGGACUCGCCUCUAUCAGAAUAAAAUUAACCAACUACGACAACCACUUUACCUUAAAUAUCGUCUAUCCAAUAAUAAAUUAACAAUUCUAAAUGGAUCAGGAUCUGGUUCUAAACGAUUAAUCGACAAUUCAUCUGAUUUAAGAGACUUUCCAACACCAUUUAAGACUAUCUCUGAAGAGGAUCUUACAUUAACCAACCUGAUCUCUGAUAAAACAUUAAUUGCUGUUAAGAAAGGUUAUGCUGUUAAUAUUGAGGAACAACUUGUGGUACAAUUUAAUCCAUAAUCAAAAAUCUUCCUCUUUCCCUCUAAUCAAAUGGAAAACAAUUUAAUUUUGUAACCAUUUUCCUCCUUAUAUUUGGUUAAAACAAUGUUUUCUAAUCUACAUUAAUGGACUAAAGCCAAUGUUGUUCAAUCAUCAUCAUCAUCAUAAUCAUCAUAAUCAUAAUCAUCACCAUCGUCAUCAUCUUCCAUCAUGAAGAGAUAUACCAUUUCUACCUUAUAUUUUUUCUCUCUCACUCUCUAUCAUCAUAAUACAUUUAUUUUGUUCUCGAUUAAGAAAUCAACAGAUUAAUCAUUUACACUAAAAAAUGACAACGAUUUUGCAUUUAUCAUGUUGUUAAAAACUCCAGAUACCUGAUACUUAAUGACAGUCGUAUUGCAAAUAACCUUUUUAAUUGUUCCUCUAGAUUUUUUUAUCUAUUUAGUGAGACAAUUAACUGAGAAAAUGUUAUAUUAAUAUAAACAUAAACCUUCAAUAAUCUUCUGUAUCAUUAACAUUUCAGGUUAUUAACUAUUGUAAUUACUUUUUCUUUAUCAUAUUGAAGGAAAACAAUUAAUCGUUGUAAUAUAGUUUAAUAAUUAAAAGAAAACAAUCCACAAAACCAGAUUCAUCUGGAAGCUCAUUAA